GACCCCGGGCGGGAACGGAGGCCGGAGCGGGUCCCGGGCGAGGGGAGAGGGAUCCAGCCCGGCAGGGGGCGGAGUCUUAGUCCCCCCUAGCUUCGGUUUCCGCGGGUCCGGCUUUGCGUUCCUGGCCCCGCACAUCCAGCUGUUUCCAUCUGCGUCCGCGGCCCUUCCUUUUUGCUGGCACAGCCCUGGUCUUUUCUACCCCCUAAGACAGCUGGGCGAGGGGGCGCGCGCGGCCCGUGACAGAGGCUAUGACGCCAGCGUGCGGGGGCCCUUCUCAGCUGCCCUGAUUCUGUGUGAAUUGGGGGGUGGGGAGUGGUGGAGGCGGGCGGGCCCCGCGGCUCCUGGGCCUUUGGAACUACACGCUACCCACUCCCCAGGUAGCGGGCAGGAUGACCACACUCACGCGACAGGAUCUCAACUUUGGCCAAGUGGUGGCCGACGUGCUCUGCGAGUUCCUGGAGGUGGCCGUGCACCUGAUCCUCUACGUGCGCGAGGUCUACCCGGUGGGCAUCUUCCAGAAGCGAAAGAAAUACAACGUGCCGGUGCAGAUGUCCUGUCACCCGGAGCUGAAUCAGUAUAUCCAGGACACGUUGCACUGCGUCAAGCCACUCCUGGAGAAGAAUGAUGUGGAGAAAGUGGUGGUGGUAAUUUUGGAUAAAGAGCACCGCCCAGUGGAAAAAUUCGUCUUUGAGAUCACCCAACCUCCGUUGCUGUCCAUCAGCUCAGACUCCCUGCUGUCCCAUGUUGAGCAGCUGCUUCGAGCCUUCAUCCUGAAGAUCAGUGUGUGUGAUGCCGUCCUGGACCACAAUCCUCCAGGCUGUACCUUCACAGUCCUGGUGCACACGAGAGAAGUUGCCACUCGCAACAUGGAGAAGAUCCAAGUCAUCAAGGACUUCCCUUGGAUCUUGGCGGAUGAGCAGGAUGUCCACAUGCACGACCCCCGGCUGAUACCCCUAAAAACCAUGACGUCCGACAUUUUAAAGAUGCAGCUCUACGUAGAAGAGCGAGCUCAUAAAAGCAGCUGAGGAUGUGCCUGCCACCCCACUGAUGCCACAACUGUCAGACUUUGAGGGUCCCUCAGCCCAAGGCAGCGCUGCAGGGCCACUCUGAUUCCAAGUGCUCUUAUUACCUCUCUAUGUGGACCGCCCACCCUCCAGCCCAGGGCUGCUCAGGUCUGGUUGCCUUCAUGCGGGAAGCCUCCCCAGGCAGGCAGCAAGAAAUGCUGGGACCUUGAUUUCUCAGCCUCCUGGGGUUCAGCCGGCCAGCAUGGUCUGUCUCAAAUACUGCUAUGAGUUGUUUCAAUAAAGGGGCCUUCUGGGCUGAGCUGGGCUGUCA